GCCCGCCGCGGGGAGGGGGGGCCGCCCCGCGCCGCGGCCCGGUUGCUUCACCGGGCAGGGCCGAAGUCCAGGCGCCGGCAGCACGGGCCGCCCCCCCCGCCGCCGCGGCCGGACACACUCGCGCAGCCCGCGACGGAGCCGGCCGGGCCCGCGGCGAGGUGGAUGUGACAGCCAUGGCGCGGCUCUUCGGCUAUGUGGAUGUGACCGACUCUGGCUUCAUUGUGGCCGUCCUCUCCAUCACCUUCAACCCGCUCUUCUGGAACAUGGUUGCCAGAUGGGAGCACAAAACGCGAGCGCUCAGCCGAGUCUUCGGCUCUCCACACGCUGCCUGCUACUGCCUGGGCGCUGUUAUCCUGAUGCUUAAUUGUGUGCGGAGCCAUUGCUUUACAGAAGCCAUGAAGAGCCAGCCGAAGCUGGAGGGCUUGGACUGCCGCUGGGGCUAUUACUCAGGCUUGGCCAUCUUGGCUGUAGGGACCCUGUUCGUCAUCUCCAGCUUCUUAGCACUGGGAUUCACUGGGACGUUCCUAGGGGAUUACUUCGGCAUCCUGAUGGAGGCAAAAGUGACCAGCUUCCCCUUCAGCAUCCUGGAUAACCCCAUGUACUGGGGCAGCACAGCUGUCUACCUGGGCUGGGCCCUCAUGCACGCAAGCCCAGCUGGCCUUUUGCUGACAGCUGUAGUGGCAAUUUCCUACACAAUCGCAAUGCUGUAUGAGGGGCCUUUCACAGAGGAAAUAUAUCGGCAGAAACAGAAGGGAGUGAAGAACAAGUAGCAACAGCAGUGUCUCGGAUACCUUGGUGCAGCGUGCCUCUGGUCCCCACGCUGUCCGAUUUGCCCGUUUUCCUACUGAGAUGUAUCCUACUAAUUAGCCCAGCAACCCUUAAUGAGCCAACUGAGCACCCUGCGGUAUUGGAAGCAAUCAGAGGAGCAGCCCGAGCGUGGCGGCACCUCCUCGCUGCAGCCCACAGGAGCUGGAGGUCCCUGUCCCCAGGUCUCUGUCCCCAUUGCUGGGUCACCGCAGCUCCCGCCGUGAAGGCGAUGCUCUCCCAGGAACCACACAGCUCAGGACCUCCUGGCCUCUUCUCCCACACUGAUUAGCAAAGAUUGCAGGGGAAAAAGCAGUUCAGUGCCAGCCCUGGACUGGAGGGCAAGCAGAGUAAUGAUGGAGACACUGGGGACCUUUGGCAAGUGAGCUCUGAGCGCAGGGAAGCACCAGCUCUGGCUGAUCUUGAAGAUCAUCUGAAGGUGCUGCUGAAGAGCCACGGGAAGCAAACAAAAGCUCGGGCGAAGCAACAGCGAGGGCUCAGGAGCCCCUGAGGCAUUCAAACAUGGCUGGAAGAGGGGAAACUGCUGCCAACCCAGCAACAAACCCCCUCUUUUCUGGGAGAGGGAAACCUCCCCGUCUAGAGCGUUUCCCACCUGUGCGGAGCCUUGUAGCAUCGCCGCACUAUUUGCGAAGUCUCCGAGAAAAGUGACUGAAAAACGUGUAGAAGUAAAUGUAUGAUUUAAAUCGCCACACAAGGGGGAUGGAGGGAUGGCAGCCAUCCCACGGGAAAACCCCAGCCUGGAGAAGACCAAGAGGAAGAGUCAGUCGCUGUCCGUGCCCUGCAGAUAUCCCAUCCCUGGCCGUGUCGGUGCCCUGACCCGCUCCACACCCACCCAGCCCCUUUCUUUUCCCUGGGAGCCAGGUGGGGGUCCUGCCUGCCUUCCCCACCAUGCAGUGCCUUCCAGCUAUUGUUCACUGCCUUGCAGGGGCGGUGGGUGGGAGGGAGGGAUAGGGCUGCUUCUGCCUUCUGCGCUGUGCAGCAGCCGGGUACGGAUCUGCCCCUCCAGCCCUGCCACCAGCCUCAGCCAGUCCCAAAGAGCCCGGUGCUGGAUCCUGCCCUGAAUGGGAACAUCCCAGGGGUGAUGCUCCAGACCCAGGCUCAGUGUUUACAAAUUCCCAGAACAGUUUGAGAAAUAAGCUGUAAAUGACCAAAAAAAAAAGCAGCGUAAAGCCCCCGGCAGUGGUGCUGAGAAGGGAGCUGUGCUGCUGCCGAAUCCUGCGCAGGCACCAGGACGCGGUGCCACAUCUCAAUGUCAUGUCCCCUCCGCAGAGGGUCCUCCCUUUUGUCAGUGUCAUCUCCGCGAAACGGUUCGAUUUCCUUUUGCUUUGCAUGUUGUAAUUCACCCUUCGGGCAUCACUCAGCAGGAAUUAAAAGUGCUGGUUUCUUUUC